AUGAAUGAGACACAGACUGUCAGGAAGAACCACGGUGAUGGACACAAGUGCAGUGAACGGAAGUUUUUAGUGACAAAUCAGUUUCAGGUUGUUGGUCCAGCUGGUCCUCUUGUUGCUGUAGCUGGUGAAGACCUGGUUCUGCCCUGUUCUCUUAAACCCAACAUCAGUGCUGUGGACAUGACAGUGGAGUGGAGUAGACUCCAUGGAUCAGACACUCUAGUGCAUCUGUACACAGACCAUGAAGACAGAAAUGAGAAACAGAUUCAGUCCUAUAGAGAGAGAACAGCACUGUUUAAAGAGGAACUGCAGAAAGGCAACACUUCAUUAAAACUCUUCAAAGUGAGAGUCUCUGAUGAAGGAGAAUAUAAAUGUUUGAUUGAUAAUAAAAACUGGCAGGAUGAUGUGACUGUUGAAGUCAGAGUUGAAGCUGUAGGAACCCACCCAGCGAUCUCUAUGGAGGGCUAUGAUCAUUCAGGAAGACUGAGUCUACUGUGUGAAACUAAAGGUUGGAACCCUGAGCCUGAAAUUUUGUGGUUGAACAGUGAAGGAGACAGUCUCCCUGCUGAGAAUACAGAGACAGACAGAGACACAGAGGGUUUCAAUGUGAAACAACGUGUUAUUGUACAGGACAGUAACACCAACAGACUCUUCUGUAGAGUACUAAUGAGAGACCACAUGAGGGAGACAGAGAUUUACAUCCCAAGUAAAGUUUUUCACACGUGGAAGACUGCUGUCACCUGGAUUUCACUUCUCUCCAUAUUCUUUGUCAUCAUCCUAGGCACAAUGACAAUCUACAUUUAUAAAUUUAAAGAGGAAGGCAGUGCAGUUCUGGUCUCAGGUCUAAACUCAAACACCUCCAGUCUGAAAAAACUGGAUCUGAGUAGUAAAAAUCUCUAUGACUCAGGAGUGAAGCUGCUCUCUGCUGAACUGAAGAAGUCUGACUGUGAAGUGGAGAUACUGGGGUAA